AUGAACCUUUAUUUUACGCCCCUCUUGUUUCUCCUGCUCUGUAAGGCAUACAUAAUUAGAGGGGUGAAUUUAAGAAGAAAAUGCGUCUCUUUAUUUUUAACGUACAAUUUGAGUAGCGCGCUUAAGAGCAGUCACCAGAGUCCUCUGUUUUGUUACAAAAAAAGAGUGAAAGCGAAGGAACUUCGGAAGUUAUCAACUGAGGAGCUGGAGAAGGAAAUUAUCAAGUGCAGACUGGACAUACAAAAGUUCCAACACCAGGGAUUUCACGAUAUACAUAAUUACAACAUCUAUUACGAGAAAAACGCCAGACGGAAAUUAGCGCAGCUGCUGACCAUAUACUAUGAGAGGUACCUUGAUAAGAACGUGCGGAUAAAAAGCAGCUCUUCUGAAGGAGCGGACUUCAAUUCGGUACCUCCCCCACAGGGGGGCGAAGAAGCAAAGGAGUUAAGUAGCCACGAAGAGAGAACCACAAACAGCAGUAGUGAAACGAAAACGUGA